AUGGGAGGGCGAGGUCGGGAAUUCAAACUGACAGGUGGGAGCGUGGCCGUUGGAGGCGCCGGCACCGGGAUCGAUAUCGGGAUAUCGGGACAUCGGGAUAUCGGGACAGGCAUCCCACCCGCCAUGACCUCCAGCGGCUGCACGUUCGAGGACCGGAGCGUGGCCGUGCUGUGCUGCCGGUUCUGCCGGCAGGUGCUGAGCUCCCGCGGGAUGCGGGCGGUGCUGCUGGCGGACACCGACACCGACCUCUAUUCCACCGACAUCCCGCCCUCGGGGACUGUUGAUUUCAUAGGAAGCUGCUAUUUCACCGAAAUCUGCAAAUGCAAACUGAAGAACAUCGCGUGUUUGAAGUGUGGUAACGUUGUUGGUUACCAUGUGAUUUCUCCCUGCAAACCUUGCCUGUUGUCCUGCAACAACGGCCACCUCUGGAUGUUCCACAGCCAAGCAGUCAUUGGCAUCAACAGGCUCGACCCUUCUGGUGUGAAUGUAUUGCUCUGGGGCAACUUGCCAGAUUUGGAGGAAAGCACAGAUGAAGAUCCGUCCUGUACCUCUGAGGAGGAGUACAUCAGAUAAAUGGGAUUAUCUGCAGCCUCUUCCCUGGAUUUCUUGCUGUUUGCUUUGGAUUUUUUUUUCCUGAGCUUAAACAACGGGAAAAAAAACCCCAGGAAAUCUGGAAAACCAUCCUAAAAAAGGAAAGCAUCUUCCUCUUUUACUGCAGCCUUCCUUGGACUCUUGAAUCUUCCCAAUGUGUAACUUCUGAGUAGAGAUACUCCUUGGUUAGAUCUGGAAAUGCAAACAGAAGGGGCAUUUACUGAGGUCUAGGUCUGUUUUGCUCUUUAUACUGAAGCCUCAACAGCUUCUUAACUGUGUUUUUUUUCUUCUUUCCUAAAGCACUUUUCACUGAGCAAAAUCUUUCAGCUGCUUUCAGCUUCAAACUCUUUAGAAAUAAUCAGUCUGGCUGAUGGGGCUCUGACAGACACUUCCCAUCUUUACCUGGCAAUACUUUCAGGAUCUUGUCUCCAUAGAGAUCGAGUUCAUAUUUUUCCCCCCCCUUAAAUUCUGCAGUUUUUUAAUGUCUGACAGACCUUCGAGGCUACACCAGGGUUUUUCUACAGGUCAACAGUAAAACCCAUCCAGUUUUAUAUGUUUUUUUUUUCCCUUUAUAGGGUAGGCAUCCCUCCAAAACACAACUCAGCCGUGCAACUGGGUCUUUUUAGAGGAAGAAAAAGAGAUCAGGUGAAAUAUUUGGUGUUCAGGCCUUAACUUUACAUCCUGAGGCACAAAGGCCAUCUGGUUCCUCCAAGUAAUGAAUUCAAAGCUCAUUUUCUGAGUAGUUACAACCAUAGUAUUUAACUUCUGAACUAAGUACUGUCCCCUUUAGCUACUCACCUGAAGGGUCAGCAGUAGAAAAUUCAAGAUAAAAUCAUACAAGAGAACACUUUUAAAUUUGAAUUGAUGCUGAAUAAAUCAUUCUGUAGCCUCUUGUGAUACUUGAAAGGGGUGCAAUAAAGACAGAUCUGAAUUGUCUUGGUAUUUUUACUGCAUGUUAUGUAUUUCUUAAUUAAUGGUACUACCUCUUCUGCAUUGUUUAAAUGUAUAUUGGUAUAUAUAUAUAUGUAUAUGUAUGUCUUGUUUUGAAUUCCUGUGUUAUGUCUGCUCAUGAAAUAAAAGCUUUGGACUACA